GUUUGUUCUACACAGUCCAUGGAUCAUCUUGUGGCAAUCAUGGAGCACUGGAAAGAGAAAAACCUUGUGAUUAUUCCUAUAUAUUUCAAAGUAACACGUCAAGACAUUUUUGGAUUGAAAGGCAAGUCUGAAGCAGCGUUUCUGCACCUUCAGAGUUCUGUCCAGGAAGACAGAGUUCAGAAAUGGAAGAUGGCUCUGGCUGAAAUAGCAUCCAUAGAUGGACAUGAAUGGACAAAAGGGACUCAGGUUGUGCUUGCGGAGGAAGUUGUAAGAAACGCAUGCUUAAGGUUAUAUUUGAAAAAUAGCAAGAAUCUGGUCAGAAUCUUAGCAUUGUUAAAUCAGUCCCAACCUUCAGAUGCAGACAUUGUGGGGAUUUGGGGUAUGGCAGGAAUAGGUAAGACAUCUAUUGCUAGAGAAAUUUUUGGAACUCUAGCACCAAAAUAUGAUUUGUGUUACUUCUACAAGACUUUGAUCUAAUCAGUGUCGUGCCCAGGUUUAUGGGGGCUUAAGGCAAACUUGAAAUCGGGGGCUAAUUUUUUUUUUUUUUA